AUGCCUUCCUCUACUAUUAACAUGUUCGAGGAUAAUAUCCUUGUUGAGAUUGAUGGUGUCACCUCUGUGUGGGACACAUAUUGUCUCAGCCUUAAUAUCGUCACUCCUGGAUCCAAGCGAGUGAUUUUUCGGUUCAAAGAUAUUGAGAAGAUCAUUCAGCAAGGCUCGUACAAUGUCAUACAUGUCAUUUACUCUGAAGCUAGUGAUAAUCAGCCAUCCAGCACAGUCGUGACCGAGGACAAAAUCAAGACUGAAUCCGAUUCACCUCAGACUACCAUCAAAUUCGAGGAGGAGGAUGUGAAGCUCGAGCUCGAGGGGAGAAGUGCCCCAGCCGAAGAGGAUGGCACAAAGUCUACAUACACUACCUUCGUCCAAAUAACUAACUGA